CGGGUUGUGCCGGUGCCCGCUCGCUGGUGUUGGCGGGGCUCGGCGGCCCCGCAGCUGCCGCUGUGGAAGGGGCGGUGGCCCCGCGGCGGGCUUUGGCCAGGCGGCCGGUCACCGGGCAGGCUCCCGGCGAGCGCACCGCCCUGUGCGGGCGCGGCGGGUGAAGGCGGCGCGGACACGGAAGAUCUCCUUGGGAAGCAGCGCCCGUCGGGCUGUCCCCUGGCUGGGGUGCGGCCGAGGCCGUGCGACGGCACGUCUGCUCUGUCCACGUCGCUGUGCAGAUUUGGUGUAAACACUACAGAAAGAAAAUGACUCACUGGUUUCAUCGCAAUCCCUUGAAGGCUACAGCUCCCGUUUCAUUUAAUUUUUAUGGGGUAGCUACCACUCCAGCUGCGGCAAAGGUUUGCAAUGAUACGAGGUUAUCUCGAACACGACUAUUGGAGCUGUUCACAGACUCGAGUUGUAAUCCAGAAAUGAUGAAGAAUGCAACUGACUUGUACUUCUCACUCUUGCAAGGUUUUAUCCUUUCACUGGAUGACUCCUCCCAAGAAUGCAAGUUGAGAUAUAUUCAGAAUUUCAAGUGGACAGACACAUUACACGGACAAGUUCCAAGUGCCCAGCAGGAUGCAGUGUUUGAACUGGUUUCCAUGGGAUUUAACGUAGCUCUGUGGUACACAAAAUAUGCAUCGAGACUUGCUGGAAAAGAAGAUAUAACAGAAGAUGAAGCAAAAGACGUUCACAGAAGCCUGAAGAUAGCAGCUGGGAUUUUUAAACACUUGAAGGAAAGUCACAUUCCAAAAUUGAUUACACCUGUAGAAAAGGGAAGAGAUUUAGAAGCUCGACUUAUAGACUCUUACAUCAUACAGUGCCAAGCUGAAGCUCAGGAAGUGACAAUUGCUCGGGCUAUUGAGCUGAAACACAAUCCAGGACUAAUAGCUGCUCUUGCUUAUGAAACAGCCAACUUCUACCAAAAAGCUGAUCAAACAUUAUCCAGUUUGGAUCCAACCUAUGCAGGUAAAUGGAGGAAGUACUUAAACUUGAAGACCUGUUUCUAUAUGGCCUAUGCAUACUGUUACCAUGGUCAAACUUUACUGGCGAGUGAUAAAUGUGGGGAAGCAAUCAGAUCUCUGCAGGAAUCAGAAAAAUUUUUUGCCAAGGCUGAAGCAUUGUGCAAAGAAUAUGGAGAAACCAAAGGGCCUGGGACUACUGCCAAACCUUCUGGACAUCUCUUCUUUAGGAAAUUAGGAAGUUUGAUUAAGAACACGCUAGAAAAAUGCCAGAGAGAGAACGGAUUCAUCUAUUUUCAGAAGGUGCCAGCAGAGGCUCCCCAGCUGGAACUGAAAGCAAACUAUGGCUUAGUAGAGCCGGUUCCUUUUGAAUUUCCUGCCUUGAACACACACUGGACUCCUGAAACACUUGCGGCAUUUGAUCUCACCAAGAGGCCAAAGGAUGACACUGCUAAACCAAAACCAGAUGAAGAAGUAAAACCUCUGAAGGAACCAGAUAUAAAGCCUCAAAAAGACAGUGGAUGCCAGAUUUCUUAAGACCUAUAAGUGCUUUGAAUUCACUUUGAAACUGUAAUAAUUGGACUCUGGGGCUUUAGUUCUGAUCUCCCUUUUUCUGAUUCUUCUUUUCUUAAUUUAGAAGACUAAUUUAAUUUACUUUUGUUACUAUGCGCCUAUCUUGCUUGCGAAUGUGGUGGAUUUCUAGUUUAUUUAUAUCUGACUUAUUUUUUGUUUUAGUGCGAUAUCAUAGAAUGAGUGGUUUUAAAUGUUCCUACUGUGCCUCGAGAGAGUCACUUUUUGUGAGUUUAGUUUCUACCCACAAAUAACAAAGGAAGUAUCAUGAUUGUAACACUUGAGGAUUUUUCCAUUAAAUUAUAUGCUAUAUAAUGUCAAAUUCUGCAAACAAAAGUUUGCAUGAACAGUUACAUCUAUUCAGGUUUUGUUAUUCAGGCUUAACACCCUGUUGUGUUCUAAGUCACUUAAUUGUAGUGAGCAAAGAAAAUCUCCCUGUGGUUUGUAACACCUCUAUGAUAUUUCACAGGACUUUUACAGAACUUGGAAAACCUUAAGUUCUGCAUAACGGAAGCACAAUUUAUAUUAUUCUGAAAUGAUUAGCUUCUGUUCUUUAUAGAUUAGGGUUCCUGUACCAGAAUUUGUAGUAAGGUGCUUUGACUUGUCUGUCCUUAAAUUAAAAUCCUUUAAUAUCCAAGUGUAUGUGGAAGUGAAGCAGCAAGUAAUAUGAAAGUGUUUAAAAGUAACGCAUCACAGCGUCAUUCAUCCAAAGUUUUUGAAUCUUCAAAGAUUUGGUAAGUUUGAAAACUGCAGACAGUUAAAAUCUCCUGGCACUAGAAUUCAUGAAGUUGUCAUGCAUAAUGUAAUGGAGUUGUAACUAAGAUGCUGUGUUUCCAUCGGGGUAGUGUCUAUAAGAAGCUGUUAGGACAGCAGGGAGGAAAGAUGAGCUGAAUUGCUGAUGGCACAACUUGGAAACCAAGCACUAGGUUUCUUUCAUGCCUCUGUAAACAGUGCUGUUUCUCAGCUUUUGCAGUAUUGCAUUGAAAUCAGCUCGUUAUGAAGAGAAUUUGCCAAAAGCCAAGCCCAGUCAAGACUGAGAAAGAAAGUAUUUUGUAGAACUUACUUCUUCCAUUUCUGCCUACUGUGGAAAAUGUGAUAACAUUCUUCAGUGCUGAGCACUGCAGAACACCCAUGUCAACAAAAACAGCUUUCUGAUUUGCUGCAAACACAGGAGAAUAUAAUGCAUGUGUUGCAAGGCCCUCACUUCAAUCUCUGGGUAUGAGUUGCUGCACUUUACCUGAGAAAGAAACUGAACUGCCUGCAAAUGUUCCCACUUCAAAAAAAAACACGAUGGCACAUGCACUUAUGGUGUGUACUGUAAACACAUACUUCACUUGGUACUGUUUGGAUCAGCUCAUCUUCCACUGUGGUGUAAUUCAGUGCUUCUGUUUGAAAUCUUUCAUGGGACUUAGAGUAAGCUAGCUUAGAGGGCAGGUAUGUAGCUCCUUGAAGGCCUGUGGAACAAAAGCUGUUGACAUUAAUAGGAAACUCAAGACUUCCUGGGGUACUGGACCAAACUACCGAAUUCGUUGCUGCAAGAAGCAAAAAGACUCUUAAUACUGGCUGUCAUGGGUGAAUCAAAUGCAGAACUAACUCAUUGUUUCCAGUGAUAGAUUUUUCUUUCAGCCAGUUCUAAACACAAAAAUUAAGUGUAAAAUCAGCCGAAUUGCUUUGGAAGAAGUUUAUGUUCUGCAAGGGCUUAGAUGGGUAGAGGAUAAUGAGCAUCAAGGAGAAUUUCUAUCUAAAAUUGUUCCAUUUCUUCUGAUGCUGCACAGGAGCCUGGGAUAUAUUUUAUGAAGAGUUACUCAUAUCUGUUUGUAACUUGAUCAACUGACUUCUUACACUUCUUGCAUUGUUAAAAGACCAGCUAGGUUUUGCCAGAAUGGAGCAUGGAGCUAUAGGUUAUAAUUCUAAAAACUUACAACUGUACUCGUCUACCUGUCCCCUUUAAGGAUCAAGAUCCAGUUAACUCAGUUUCAUAAUCAUGAUUUUCUUAGUUAUUCAUUGUUUUUCAGAUGCCUGUGUGUGUUAAUACAUACAUGUCUGAACCUAAUUAGUUUUCUUUCUAUGCAGACUAGAUUUCAUUUUCCCUCCUCCCCUCAUUUUCCUUUCCAUCUGCUACACACUGUGGCACAGACUUACCCUUGUCUGCUCAUGCAUGUGUAGGUCCUGGAAUUAAUUUCCAGUGAGGCUUUUGCCCAUGGGUGUAUUUCAGUAUAUGAAUAUCUUAAAAUAAAAUGAACACAUCAUGACUAAAUCAUUCCCGAACAACUGCUUAGGAAAGAUUAUUUAAUGGACUUGCAAUUCUUUGGACACUUUCUCAAACCAAGUGGUUUGUUUGAAUCAAGUUCACUGUAAAUAGUUUGGGGCAUAACCAAGUGAAUUGUGUCAGAUUAUGGCAUUACUUAAGCCUAGCUGUGUAACUUCUUAUGCCAUAGCUGUUUCAGUAAAUAUGAUGUAGUAGUUUAAAAAUAGACGAAUGGAACAAACUAAUUCACUUAACAUGUGUUGCUUUUCAAGACAAACGUUGUUUACUUGUAGAUAGAGUCCUAUGGCAAACAUUGGAUAGUUUUGCCCAAAAAUAAGAAACUGGAGACUGUUUAGUUUGUGAAGUAUAGAGAGCUGUGAGUCAAUGAGCAAUUUUCUCUUCAGUUUUGUUGGGUAGUAGCAAGAAUUAUUGUAAAUAAUAAGUAGAUUAACUGUCUAAUAUGCUUAAGAAUAUGGGUGAAUUGACUGGGAGUUUCAGUUAAUUUGGAAACCUAGCAGCCACAUUCCUUCUAUUAUGAUUUCCUUUAGUAAUUUUUAAGAAUGAGGUAUUUUGAAUGGCAACUUUUUAAUACUCUAAUGCUGCAAGAGCCUGGUUUUGUGGCCUCUCUCUGGUUUUAGAGGUUCUUAUGGUUAAACCUGCAAAUCUUGUUGGUGUAAAUAGUCUUUAAAAAUUUAUGCCCAGUCUGAACUAGGACAAAACUGCAGCUAAAUAAAAUACAGAGUGCUGGGCCCUCUGUUUUGUGCUUUUAAAAAUGCAGUGAUUGUCUUUAAUCUACUAUAAAAGAAAUUAGUAAGCUCUUUGUACUAUUUCUAUUUAAAUACCUUCCUCCAUGUAUUUAAAUACACUUCCUCCAUGUUUCAUGUUUGUGGGUUUACAGUAGUUAAUCUUCAUCCAGCAUGUGACAGUCUUACAACUGAGGGACUAAAUUUGGCCCGUGGAUGCUGAUGUCUGCCUCUCACUGGAUUCGGUAGAGGACUUCUGCCUGUCAGCCUAAGGAUGAUGUUUGAUCACUUAAAUGUUCGGCAUGGGUAUGUGGUGUGUCUGUAAUGAUGGUAGUGGUUCAUGCUAUAAGCAAGAAAACAGAUCCCUGUAUCCGUGUAGAAUAUAGCCACCUUUGCACUUUAGAAAUUUCUGAUCUUGCAAUUUCAGUACAAUACAAAAUGGUUGUAAAUAUUAAUUCCUGUCAUUUUAAUUUUGUCACACUGAUUUCGGUACUGUGCUAUUGGUAAGAUUUUUAUGGGAAACAUUACUAAAAUGUAUUUUUAAUUGUCUGUGUAUGAAACAAACUCAUGAAGCAUAUCUCUACCUUUAGUAUUGGGGGAACGUGAGAGGAGGCAGUCGGUAGCUCAUCUGCCUUCCAUGUCAAUUCAGAGAAAAGUUUGUCUGUUGGCUGAGGGAUGAUACUUUUCAUCCCAUCCCUGUGUCUGGUAUCUAAACUGAAGUUUUGGCAUGAACAUAAAUACUGUUCAUGCAUAUUAAUUAUCCCCAAAAAAACAAAAUAUAUCUCUAAAAGUCAUUGCCAAAUCAUAGCAGCAUAAGCUGCAUUUUUUUUUUUCCUUUUUUUGUUUUUUUCCCUAACUGGACCAUUUGAGUGAGGAAUAAAGCACAGCAAGUAUGAUUGGCAUGGAAAAGCCCCUGUCGUGGGUACCUGUCUCCAGAUUUUGAAUGCAGUAUAAAGGUCCUUCCACAAUGACCGUUGGUUUCAUUCAGAUCUUCCCCUGCUGGUGACGCUCUCACAUUCAACAAAUGUCACAUGGUAACUGAGGGUGCCCUUGGUUAGCUUUUCAUGUAAGAAGGCCUACGUCCUUUGGGGUUGGUGCCUUCAUGGAUUACAGCCUUCUUGAAGCCAACCAGUACUUCGAAUAAUCGUACUCAAAUGGAAUCAGCUCCGGUAAGAUUGUCUGACCAGCCUUAUUUUGUGAAGGCAGUCACCAUGCCAUCUUAAGCUUCGUAGUUUGAAAAGUUGUAUAUAAGCACUAGUUUCAGAAUACCAUUUAAAAUAAACAAUCUUAACGUA